GGCCCGGGUACACCAGACCCCCCUGUCCCCCCCUCUCGUCAGGCCUGCCUAUACAACACGUCUCUGACGACAUUCAACACACACGCCCAUCUACACCUUCUCACACAGGUGGACCUCCUGGGGAGACCUAGGAGUCGCGCCAAACACUUGUCAGUCAAGACGAAUGCAGCCAUUGGCCUCGAUCGAGGUCCCUGGGUAGUCUAACCCUCAGGGUCCGCCCAACUCCACCCCCAACCCACCUUACCAAAGCUGCAGAUGACACUCGGUUUCCUGGUUGUUUCAUGCGUGCUGCAAUAGUUAUUAUCAGUGGGCCAGAGUUCAUCAUGGCAGGACGAAGACAUUCAGCCAUUUUCCGAACCUUGCUGCUGAUGGUGGUGGUGUACACCUUCUCCCUUGGGAUGUUGGCCACAUCUGACUAUUGGAAAGACAAGGAAGACAUUUUGACGAGAGACUUGGGUACAAGCCUCCUCCGUUCCCAUGAAGCAAACUCGCUCCUUACUGAGCGACCAGAGGCAGCUGCACCGAGCGGAGGAAGAAAGACAUCGCCCCCGCCGCGCGACGCCAUGCGGCACGUAGUGUUACCUCACCCCUACGCACAGAAAUCUAAGCUCGAGAACUCGCGCGCGAAGACAGGGGUAGAUUUCCACCCGGUCCGUCCAGGCAGUGCGUUUUUUCUCUAUUCCGCCCACCUGGACCUCUGGCCUGAGGGUGCCACUGUCACCAUCGUCGCUAUCGUCAAUCGGAGCGAGUAUUCGGACUCGGCGAGACUGCGAUGUGUGUAUGACCAGCCACCCCGGGUAGGUGAACUCAGGAAUGAUGAUGUGAGAAGUGGAAACGGUGGCGUUGUCAGUGGAAAAGUCUUUAUUUUACCUGAUCACCAUGGUCUUGAUUUCGCCCCCGCACUAGUUCACUGCCCUUUGGUCAGCUCGUCUAAAGACAAACGUCCCAUGAAGGUAGCCAUCAGCCUAGCGGGCGACGACCUCGCACCCAGCGAGCUGCACAUCCAGUACCCACAACCCCGGCGCUGGAAGUUUCUCAUCUGCUUCUCGCCCCUUCACAGGAAGUUUAACGACGCCAAUCUGGUGGUCCAAAACCUGGAGUUGGCUCAGAUUCUCGGUGCUGACCACGCCGUGGUUUACAACACCAGCAUCGGAUCCGACGUCGACAAAGUCCUCCGCUACUACGUCAGCACGGGCUUCCUGGAGGUCAAGGGAUGGCGCGACCCCCCUGAGCCCGUGCACUACAAGGCGCAGAUGGGGGCCAUCAACGACUGCCUGCUGUACGGCCGCAACAGCAGCGACUUCUAGUCUUCAUGGACUUUGACGAGAUGAUCGUUCCCAGGCACCAUGACAGCUGGUCGGAGCUCAUCCGAGACGUGAAACAUAACUACAACUCUUCGGCACUGGUGUCCUCGCAGAAAGGUUCCCUCACACACAUGAACGAUGCCCUGGUCACAGCCCUCAGGGCUCCGCGAAAGGUCAACACGACGACUGGAGCGACACCUCCAGGACAGGGCUCCCUAGACCGCUCAAGGGAGGACAACUCCUCGUCAUCGGCCAGCCCUGGGGCUUAUGCAUUCGUCAGCAGCGUGUUCCUCUGGGACAAUGUUACAAAUUUAACUGCUGAAGAUUUGAAGUUAGCCAAUCAGCUCCAUGUCACUUUUCUCCUGAAGCAAAGGCGAACUGUGCAGAUAUGGCCAGACCGCUCCAAGAACAUUGUGGAUCCCCGGACGGUGAAAAUCAUGGGCAUCCAUAGAGUCCACACAUUCCUCAACCAUCACACCACGCUUCUGGUGAACGAGACCGUGGCUCUACUGCAGCAUUACCGUUGGUUUUCUCCUAGUGUCCCCACUGUCAAAGACAUUGGUGUUCUGCGAUUCGCACCAGGGCUUGUCAGAAGAAUUAAAAACGUGAAAGAGAAACUAGACUAAAUGCGUGAACCCCCAAAAUAAAAAGUGUACAGGAGAAAUAAAAGGAAUAUAUCAAAGAUCAAAGUUUUUCUUUCAAUUACAAUUUUUUUCAAUGACAUGCGCACAGCAAGUAAGUCACCAUGAUGUGUUUAUACAGACUGCUGAUUCCUGUCCAAACGUUCGAGGCAAGCGAUUUAACACUGAAGUCACAAAUGUUUUCAGCGAGAGAAAACAAUUCAAUCGUAAAUAUAUUAUCAACAGGUGACGGAUUUUAUGUAUUGUAAACAGCAUGGUAUAUCAUCAUAUCUCACGAGAUAAGAAGAAGGAAAAGUGUCAAAAGAGGGGUAAGGGAUUCAAUGAGUGCCUUCCUAACCAGAUCUUUUGGAGGAAAUAAAAUAUUAAUGGGGGAGAGAGAAAGUCCUCACAAAGUCUUCAAAAAUACAGCAAACAGUUUUAGUGUCGUCUGACUGAUAACACGACUGACAGGCUCCUAUUAAGAGAUUGUCUAUCAUCUUCAACGAGUGUCUGGCGAGAUAAGGAGAUGGAAAAGUGUUGAGUGAGGUAGGGACUUCAAUGAGUACCUUGGUACUCCGUUCAAUCUGAGGAAAUCAAAAGAGUACGAGGGAUAGAAGAACGUCCUCGCAAAGCCUGUAAAAAUACAGAGAAGGGUUUUACUGUCGUCUGCCUGACAACGAUUUGCGGGUACCUAGCAGGACAUUUUGUGUUUCUGGGGUCUUCAAGGAGUGUCUGGCGAGAUCACCUUGGAACCCUGUCCAGGCCAUGGUACCUUCAGAGAUCGGCUCAUCGUCAUGGAAACCUCGUUGGAGACAUCAGUGUUUCGAUUUGCUUAUUGUUUAGUGAUCUCACUGUGCACUCACUAUGUAACCGAUAGAUGUCCAGAGAGACAUGUGUGUGUGUUACAAUUAAGAACCUAGACUGCAACUAACGGUUAUCCCACACACUAUCACUGCUAAUAACCGACUAUGAAAAUAGAAAUUAUUAUGAUCGAAGACAGCAUUGUAUCUGGUGUAAAAGUAACUUCAUCUUUCAUCAGAAAAGCGUCAAAAUAGCAACGGAAUGACUAGGAAGAAUAAAUGAACGGAGUAAAUCGUGAAUGUUU